CACGUUGAGAACAUUAGCAGUUGUAAACAAUACCAGACGUUGAGAACAUUAGCAGCUGUAUCAACAGCAGCAGUAGUCAAACGUUUGUUUUUCUUUCUUUUAUAGUUUAAUAAUCACUCACGCGGAAAUAUAAACCUAGGUUUUGAAUGCAAGCCACGACAAAGAUGGCUUCGGAGUUAAAUGUGUCUGUUUGGAGGCCGUCAUCGAUAUUAUUCUUAGUUCUUAUAUUGUCUCUAACAAGUUUAUCCUGGGACGUUGCAGCAUUUCGGACCAGCGACUCUAGUGGUCCAUACACACCCGAUUGGCAAUCUCUUGACACACGUCCCAUACCAAAAUGGUAUGACGAGGCCAAAAUCGGCAUCUUCCUACAUUGGGGUGUGUUUUCUGUGCCCAGCUUUCGCUCUGCUUGGUUCUGGUGGUACCUUGUAGCGGAACAGAGUCCUGCCUAUGUGAAAUUUAUGAAGGACAAUUACAGGCCAGGUUUCACCUACCAGGAUUUUGCUCCGAUGUUCACCACAGAGUUUUACGACCCAAACCAGUGGGCAGAAAUAUUUACUAAAUCCGGUGCCAGGUACAUUGUUCUAACAAGCAAACACCAUGAAGGGUACACCAACUGGCCAUCUAAAUACUCUUGGAAUUGGAACUCAAAAGCUGUGGGGCCAAAACGAGACCUUGUUGGUGAACUUGCAGCUGCCAUCAAGAAGACUCCGAUCCAUUUUGGUCUGUACCAUUCUCUCUUUGAAUGGUUCCACCCCAUUUAUCUACAAGACAAAGCCAACAAUUUUACAACCCAAAGGUUUGUUAGGGAGAAAACUAUGCCUGAGUUGUAUGAACUGGUUAUGAAUUACAAACCUGAUGUAAUUUGGUCAGAUGGUGAUUGGGAAGCAACAGAUAAAUACUGGAAUUCGACAGAGUUUAUUGCAUGGCUCUAUAAUGACAGUCCAGUGAAAGACACUGUUGUGGUUAAUGACCGAUGGGGAGCUGGAAUUUCUUGUCACCAUGGAGACUUUUACACUUGCAAAGAUAGAUAUAACCCUGGUAAACUGAUAACUCACAAAUGGGAGAAUGCCAUGACUAUUGAUAAAGAUGCCUGGGUUUUCCGACGCAAUGCUCACUAUGCCGACUUUUAUACCAUCGAAGGGCUGAUAUCUCUGCUGGUUGAGACUGUCAGCUGUGGAGGAAAUCUUCUAAUGAACGUUGGACCCACCCACGAUGGACGUAUUGCUCCAAUUUUUGAAGAACGAUUGAUCCAAGUUGGUCAAUGGCUCAAAGUCAAUGGAGAGGCCAUCUAUGCCAGCAAACCUUGGACCCACCAGAACGACACAUAUACAAAGAAAGUUUGGUAUACCAGUAAAAUGGAAAACAACACAAAAGUUGUGUAUGCUACUAUGUUGUUUUGGCCAACUACUAAUAUUAUCAUCCUUGGAGCUGUAAAAAUAACGUCAAGAACAGAUGUCUACAUGCUUGGUUAUCCAAAACCAAUUGGAUACAUUUACUUUCCUUCAAUUGGGCUUAAAAUUAUCCUCCCAAACAUCCCUGCAUCACGCUUACCCUGUGACUGGGCGUGGGUGUUUAAAAUUACAAACCUUGAUGAAUAAACUUGCUCUCUCUUUCUAUCUCUCUUUUGCAUCUAUCUGUUUCUCUUUUCUCUCUCUCUCUUUAUCUAUCUAUCUAUCUGUCUGUCUGUCUACGCAUUUAUACAAAGACAAAUGGAUAUUUGUAUGUAUAUAUAACACACACACACACACAUAUAUAUAUGUAUGUAUGUAUGUAUAUGUAUUAAUUGACAUGUACAGUAUUAUAUAUCCAUUACAGACAAUCUAACUAAUUUGUUUCACAUUGGGGUUCGAUGGGGUGUUAGAUAACAGCUCAAUUAUUUAACCCUACACUCUUCAGAGAUGGCAGUUAUAGAAGAAAAUAUGGUGACUGCUCUCUGUUGUUUGAGGUGAGAAGCAUUAAAACUCACAUGGGUAAGAAUUUCCUUAGCUUAGCAGACAAACACUUCCCUGAUACAAAUAGGUUCAGUGAAAUAUUAAAUAGGCACACCCUGAGGGCUUCUUUUGGUUGUGCACCUAAUGUAAAAAAGAUAUUAGUUGGUAGGCCCACACCUGAGACAGAGACAGGAUGCUCAUGUAGGAGUACCACAUGUCCACUGUAAUAUAGAAACCAUUAUGGCAGAGGUAACAGCAAUUGGACUAAAUGGGGAGCCAAAUGUGCUAAAGUAUGUGGGUGUAACUGAAGAGCCUUUCAGAACCUGAUACAACAACCACAAGUCCUAUUUCAACAUCCUGGAGAGACAAAGCAUCACAACCCUGGGCAAGUACAUGUGCAAGUUGAAGGAGAGUGCCAUAGAAUACAACAUAAAGUGGAGAGUUUACUUCAAUAGGAGCAGGAAGUGCAGAUUAUGUCUAACUGAGAAAAGAGCUGUAUUAAAGAACUCUCAGCACUCAGGCAUCUAUUUGAAUAGCAGAUAUGAAAUUUUUAAUCCAUGCCCACAUGAAAGGAAGUACAUUCUAGCAUACCUACAUGCCCCAUUGUGACUAUAGUCACCAAUUCCCCAAAUUCAUCUGGGAAUCCACCAAUGGGUUUGACCCAAACAUACACGAAAGCACCCUAACAUGGUGGUCAUCCACCUUAUUGAUCCCUUUUUCCACCCAAUAUAAGUCUCCACAUAUAUAGUACUGCUGCACACACUCCAUAUCUACACAAAUACUCCAAAGAAUUUAAUGAAAACAUAAGCAAAACACACAGAUGCUUAUGCAGCCUUUGGGUACCCCAAUAGUCUGAUAGUCAAGGCAUUUUAACUAACAGGUUUAAACUAUAAAAAGGAGUUUUUAAUGUAGUGUGAACAUUUUACCCAAAUUUCAUUGCAUUUACUAAUGACAUAACCAGACCAUUUUAGGGUUUCCAAUAAUUCAGCGCAACAAAAUCUACACGUAUAUCUAACGCGCACACAUUUUAAUAGAGAUAUAUAUAGAAAUAUAUAUUUCUCUCUUUUCUUUUUUUGCUUUUGCAUAUAUACUUAAAGGCUUUUGCUCAUUUUAAGUCACUGAAGUGUGGUCAUGCUGGGGCACCACCUUUAAUGAUUUUAAUCAAUCGUACUGAAUAUUUUUUUUAUUUUGAUACUUAUUUCAUUCAUCUGUAUUUGACAAGUGGUUAUGUUACUUUUGGACACAAUUUUUAAUCAACAGAAUUGUGUGUGGCAACUUCAUGGAUCUAAAUUCACACAUACACAUAUAUAGCAGGUUUCUGUACUGUUUCCAUUUGAAUAAUUUCACUCACAAGGUAUUGGUCACUCUGGAUUUGUGGUAGAUACACUUGCUCAAGGUACCACACAGUACACAUGCACUUCUGAACCCUGCAGUUAUAAUUGCUAAAGUAUACACAUAAGGAUGAAAGAUCCUCCCCCUGCUAUAUAGGCUUAUAUAACUAGUUUCCCAGAUUCUGUGGCAUAUAUAUUCCCUUCUGGUGGUCUGGAGCAACAAGAAAUGAAGUGUUUUGCUCGAGAACACACAAUGCAUUGCCCAGUCCUGGAAUUGUAACCUUAAUCUUACAAUCACGAGUGCAACACCCUAACCACUAAGCCACGUGUUUCCACACACACAUAUUUAUUAUGGUUAAUGGAAGCAGUAUUUGUUUAAAAUAGCAAUCUGUAUAUCACACGUAGUUAUAACAUUGAAAGCCUGCUAAACUGGUGUUUGUCUCAAAAGAGCAUCUCUUAUAGACGUGUAGUGUUAAAAAGCACAAAAAUAUAUCAGAAGCAGAUGAAAAUAGUCCAGCAGCAAUGGUGGCAUAGCUUAAUAUGUAUUUCUGCUGCUUUGAGCCUUGUAUCCACUACCAACCUUCUAAUAUGGAAAAAUUGUGACUGAAAAAUCACUGAUGUCACAAUUAGCCGGCCAGCUAAAUAAAAAUUUGUUCUUAGCAAUGGAAGCUUUAUUCUUUAAAAAUAGCAAUCUGUGUGUCAUACUUAAAGCAGAUAUAUGAUUUUUGUCUGCAUUUUUUUAACACUAUGUUUAUAAGAGCUACUUUCUUGUGACAGAAACUGCAGUUGGCAGGCUUUCCACGGUGUAUUUGCUUAAAGUAUGAUAUACGGAAUGAUAUAUGUGUGUGUGUGUGUGUUUGAUGACACAUGGUGUAGCGGUUAGAAUGUUACACUCACAACUGUGAGAUUGUGGUUUUGAUUCUCAGACCAGCAUGCAUUGUGUUCUUGAGCAAAACACUUCAUUUCACAAUACUUCAGUCCACUCAGCUGUAACUGGACAACCUUGCAAUGGAAUGGUGUUCCUCAGGCAGAAUGUUGCCCUACCCAGUGGGGUGGAAUCAUUUAAAAGCUGCAUCAAUGCAAAGCACAUUGUGACUAGCAGUGUAGAACAAAAUCAAAGUCUGGUCAAUACCUUGAUAUAUGGAUGGACAGCACAGGCACAAGCGUAUCUGUAUGGUUAAGAUGUUUGCUUCCCACCCAAAUAGUUUUAUGUUCAAUCCUACUGUGGGACACCUUGGGAAAGUGUCUUCUACUAUAGCUCCAGGCUGACCAAGGCCUUGAGUAGAUUUGGUACAUGAGAACUUACAGAAAGCCUGUCAUAUAUAUAUAUGUUUGUGUGUGUGUCUCCUUGUUUUAACAUCUUGUGAUUGUUGUGAACGAGUGUCAUUCAUUUCUGAUAAUUUGUGAAAACAUGUCUGGCCAUGAGGAAAUAUUACCUCCCUUGGAAACAGGUGAAGGUUCGUGACAGGAAGAGCGCCUGGCCAUAAGAAAAUCUGACUCAAAAAACACUGUUCAACCCAUUUAAGCAAAGAAAAGUGAAUGUUAAAAUAAAGAUGAUGUAUGUAGAUAUAAUCUGUGUAUGUGUGUGUAUUGUAUAUACACAGACACAUGAAGAUAAGGCAUACCUUCUAUUAUACCAUUCUCAUCUUGGGUGUGCCUUAAGUUGACUAUUCAGCUUCAGUUUGACUACUUAAUUACCAAAUGUUACUCGGACGGGGUCUUACCAGUUCUGUUACUGAGCUAAUAGGACCAGUUAUGUUUUCUAAGGCUAAUUGUUCCUAUGACACAUUUGGAGGUAUUAAAUUUCAUUUAUUAUAGAUUGGCCCAAGUUUUAAUAACUUUUAUUCAGAAUUGACAAGACAUGUAUGUGCACACAUACAAAAUUUUUUAAAAAAAGAACAAAGAAACAUAUUUCUAUUUUUGGUCAAAUUCUAUUCUUGAAGGAAAGAAAAUUUAAUUAUUGAAGCUUAACUUUUGCAUUAAUUUUAUAAUUUUAAAUGGAAAAAUAAAUUUGUAUUUUCUAA